AUGGAUCCUGACCCUGUAUCUGCACAGAAACAGGCCGAUGAGAGCGAUACCAACAAUAAGAUCGAACAGGACGAUGAGACUGGACUGACGCAAUUAGAAAGUCUUUGCAUGAACUGUCAGGAAAAUGGAAUUACGAGACUUCUUUUGAUCAAAAUCCCGUUUUUCCGAGACGUCCUUUUAGAGUCGUUCGACUGCUCCCACUGUCAAUUCAAGAAUAACUCGAUUAAGUCGGCUGGCGAGAUCCAAGAACAGGGCACAAGAUAUACGCUUGAGGUGACGACCUUGCAGGAUUUCCAACGUCAAGUUGUCAAGGGCGAUUCGGCAAUAUUCCGAGUUGAAACUUUGGGCAUUGAAAUGCCAAAAGAAUCUGGGCAGCUGACAACUAUUGAAGGGAUUUUGACCAAAAUCUUCUCCCAGUUGGAAGCUGAGCAGCCCGCUCGCAAAGAUGUCGACCCAGAACUACACAAAGCACUUGAUGGUGUCAUUCAAAAAUUGAAGCUGAUGAUCGAGGGAUCUUCCUUCCCGUUUACAAUUUCCCUCGACGACCCGUCUGGAAACUCAUGGAUUUCGCCAGCACCGCACGAUGAAAAAGGACGAUAUAAGCGCCAUGAUUACCCGAGGACUCGUGAGCAAAACGAGGAGCUUGGACUUUCUGUAGAGAGCGAGGGAAAAAAUAUGACCAUUUCAGCAGGAGAUCCCAAUGACCUUGACAUCGUCGAUGGCCACGUUUAUUCCCUGCCGUCAGAAUGCCCCGGUUGCACCAAUGUCUGUGUCGUCAACAUGCAGAAGGUUAAUAUUCCACACUUCCAGGAGGUGUUUAUCUGGAGCACCGUUUGCGAACACUGCGGAUACCGCACCAAUGAAGUGAAAACAGGUGGCGCUAUCCCAGGGCAGGGACGCAGAAUCACACUUGAAGUAACAGGGCUUGAGGACCUCUCACGCGACCUUUUAAAGUCAGCCACAUGUGCGCUCAGGAGCAGCGAGCUCGAUCUUUCUGUGCAGCCAGGCACGCUUGGAGGAAGAUUCACAACUGUAGAGGGUCUUCUCACCCAGGUUCGGGACCAGCUUCACGGGCAAGUUUUCGAGACGGGAGACGAGGACCUUGCGCCUGGUGACUCCAUGCAGGAGAGCGAGAAGGCGAUUUGGGAUCGGUUCUUUGCACGCCUCAAUUCCGCCAUCAAGGGUGAACUAAAAUUCAGCAUUACAUUAGAGGAUCCGCUUGCCAACAGUUAUGUGCAAGAUUUGUAUGCGCCCGAACCAGAUCCGCGACUUAAGAUCGAGGACUACACGCGCACAGAUGAAGAGGAGGAGGACUUAGGCUUGAGAGAUAUGAAAACUGAGGGUUAUGAUGAGAAUACCAAAACUGAAACCCUUCCGCCUGCUGAAGCAGACACCAAAUUAUGA